UCACACACAAACAAAAAGCACACCCUUCUGCGUUUACCCGAAAUAGAUCCCGGAUAUCCGGGUUCGUCUUGUCUUGUACGGGAAUACCAACAUGGCGUCUUGUUUAUUUGUUGCAGCCCUUCUGGUUGCUGUGGCGGCUGCUGACAUUGGACUUCCGUGCAUGCAGGCUGAUGUUGUUGCAAGGAAGACGAGGGAGUGUUUUGCCGGCUUGGGACGGGAGAACUUGAUCAACCUUGACCCAACAAAACAAGGGGGGUCACUAGGUCAAAUGUCAAAGUUUUUCUCAGGGCCAAACGUAUGCAGCCACACAGAUGACAUGGCAUAUGGUAUCAACUGCAUGUUUGACUUCUAUGGAACCUGCCUGAACAUAAGACGAAUGUUUGCAAGUUAUCCUCAGAUUAAAAAGGCCUUAGUGUUCGCCUGUCAGGACGAAGACGCACUGAAUGACUCCUGUGUGAAGGACGUAGACAAAGACACUUUGGUUUGCUAUAUAAAGAAGGAACAGGAAAGGAGUCUCAAGAUCCUCACAGGGGAAGUGCAGAGGAAGAGUACAGAGGAAGAGAUGUGCGGGUUUCUGAAGGAGGAGAUGAAAUGUAUGAAAAAAGCGCUGUCCGGCUGUCCGGUAUCAACAGGGGAGAGAUAUUACUCCUUUGUUGAGAUGCUGAUGCCGACAACAUGUGACCACUUGACCCUCUAUAGGAUCCUGAAGGAACGACCAAAGGUGGACCUAGCUACCACCUACAUCAAGUCACAACCCUAAGGAGCCACACCAGGCAAAUAACAGUACACAAGCGUUGUGUGCACAUAUCUUUACAUAAUUAUAAUUGUCUCCCGCAAUCGACUUUGUAUAUAAAAAGAAAAACCAAGCCAACAAAAUUUCCUGUCCAGUUUAAACAUUUUAAUUUUCACUUUUUAAUGUACACAUGAUCAAAUCUUUUGUUAUUAAAGACGAUACAAAAUAUCA